AUGGUCACGCUCUUAUACCUGUUCUUUCAGCUUUUAAGCGUCUCUGUUAGAGCUCAGAGCACAUCAACAGAGACAACAACAGAGUUCGUUUUCCGAGGUUUUAAAGAUCACAAAUCAGAUAUUCAAACAGAGGGAGCUGCAAUCAUCGAACCCAAUGGAGCAUUGAGACUCACUGAUCAAAAGUCUAACGUCACCGGAACAGCCUUUUACAACAAACCAGUAAGGCUGCUUGACCAAAACAAUCUCACUACCAAACCCGUUGUUCGUUCUUUUAGCACUUCUUUUGUCUUCUCCAUAUUCCAUUCCAGCUUGAGCAAUGGAGGUUUCGGCUUCACCUUCACACUUUCUCCCACCCCUCACCGUCUAGGCGCUGAACCGGAACAAUACUUAGGACUUUUCAACAGAGAAAACGACGGGAAUCCAAAUAACCAUGUCUUCGCCGUUGAGUUCGACACUGUACAAGGAUUCAAUGACAGUGCUAAUAGUCCAGCCAAUCACAUCGAUCUGAACUUUAAUAGUAUCAAGUCAGAGUUCCAAGAACCAGUUGCCUAUUACGAGUCUAACGACCGAAAAGAGGAUUUCCACUUGGGGAGCGGUGGGCCGAUCCGAGCCAUUUUGGAUUACAAUGGUCAGACACAAAUGCUGUAUUUGACCAUUUACCCGGAAGUGUUUCCCCCAAGAAAGCCAAUGAUCUCACAAAAGAUUCCAAAUCUGGCAGAGAUUGUGCAAGAAGAAAUGUACAUUGGAUUCACAGCAGCCACUGGGAGAGUUUUUAGUGCUCACUACGUGAUGGGUUGGAGUUUUUUCAGUGAUGGAGACCCUCUUGUUGCAGCGCGGCUUGCACUCUCGGAUCUUCCUCUUCCACAGCUCAAGAAAGGCUCUCUAGAUAAUCAAGUCAUGACCAGAAAUAUUCUCAUAGUUGCGGGUUCGAUACUAAUCAUACUCAUGGUCUUGGGGGUCUUAGCAAUUUUUAUAAGAAUAAAGAGGAAAACGUCAAAUACAAGAAAGAAGCUCAAGGCUAUUAUUCCUCUGAAACAUUAUCGUUACACUGAAGUAAAGAGGUUUACAGAGUCAUUUGCAUGCGUAGUUGGGAAAGGAGGAUUUGGAACUGUUUACAAAGGAAACCUUCCUGAUGGUCGUAAGGUCGCGGUGAAGGUUUUAAAAGACUCCAAGAGCAAUGGCGAAGAUUUUAUCAAUGAGGUUUCAAGUAUGAGCCAAACAUCUCAUGUUAACAUUGUUUCUUUGGUUGGAUUCUGCUAUGAAGGAUCCAAGAGGAUGAUUGUUUAUGAAUUUCUAGAGAAUGGAUCUUUGGAUCAGUUUAUCUCAAUGAACAGCGCGUCCACUGCUGAAUGGAGAAGGAAGCUUUACGAGAUUGCAUUAGGAGUUGCUCGUGGUAUAGAAUACUUGCACUAUGGUUGCAAAACAAGGAUUGUGCAUUUCGAUAUCAAACCUCAGAACGUGCUGUUGGAUUGCAAUCUUUGCCCAAAAGUUUCUGACUUUUUUUCUGACUUUGGCCUUGCUAAGCUAUGCGAGAAGAAAGAGAGCAUCAUGUCACUGCUAGAUACAAGAGGGACAAUAGGGUACAUUGCACCUGAGAUGAUCUCUCGAGCUUAUGGAAGUGUGUCUCACAAGUCUGAUGUAUAUAGCUAUGGUAUGUUGGUUCUUGGAAUGAUCGGUGCAACAGAUAAAGAUCGAGUCGAAAAGGAUGCUUCUAAUACAAGCUCGAUUUACUUCCCGGACUGGAUCUAUAAAGAUCUUGAGAAUGGGAAGCAAUGUAAGCUUCUUGGGGAUGAACUAACCAAAGAAGAAGAAGAAAUAACAAAGAAGAUGAUCUUGGUAGCCUUGUGGUGUAUUCAGUCGUCUCCAUCAAAUAGACCAUCGAUGAACAGAGUUGUGGAGAUGAUGGAAGGAAGCUUAGAUGCUAUUGAAGUCCCUCCUAAGCCUGUUUUGCAUUUACCGGGAGUACCUCUUCAAGAUUCGUCUACACUUUCAGAGGAAAUCUCGGUGUACGCAGAAGUAUGA